AGCAUCAUGGCUGCGGAUGCUACGGAUGCUUUCCUCCCUCUCCGCAUCUCGGGAACAUGGAUGCUGCACCUGCUUUUUCUCCUCACUUCAGAUUUCCCUGCACCGGCUAUUGGAUUGCUAGGUUUCCGUCCGGAGGAUACAGGAAAAGAGCUGUCCGUGGAGGAUGGGGUGCUGAAGGCGACUGAGGGAACGCGAUUCAUACUGCGCGUAUACUAUGCAGCAUCUCCGCAGAGGCUCAACCGAACUGUCAGUGGCAGAGCAGACGCUGCAGCUGCACCGUGGAUCGCGUUCAUCGAGGAACCCGAACCUGGCAGAGAGCGACAGGCACAUCCAAAGCGGAACUUGUGUGUUGAAGAAAGUGCACGAAGCUCUGACAUAGAGUUGCUGGGGUCUUUCAAAUCUGCCUCAAGCCAGAAUUCCAUCCUGGUGGAGUUGCUUGCUAAAGACCUCCGAAGAGGUGAGAAAAUCAAGUAUUAUUCAAUGUGUGCCUUUGACGGAGCAAAUUGGGAGCACUUUAGAACUAGAGACUUCUGGCUCGCGGUUGUUGAACGGACACCUCACAGGGACGGAUGGCUUCAAGCGAGUCUGUCAGUGCUAUUGUUGGCGUUGUCUGCGUUGUUCAGUGGGCUCGUUAUAAGCAUGCUUGCUCUUGACCCUGUGGAGCUGAAAGUGCUUCAAAACAGCGGCACUGAGAAGGAGCAAAAGUAUGCGCGAAAGAUCGAGUCAGUUCGUAAACAUGGCAACUACGUGCUCUGCACUUUGGUUUUAUGCAACGUGCUUACCAAUACGUUUUUGGUUGUUUGGAUGUGCCAAAUUUUAGGACUUACGCCACUGUCAACCGCAGCCUGCACAUUUCUGAUCUUUUUUGUUGGAGAGAUCCUGCCGCAUUCCGUUGCAUCCAGACACGGGCUGGCUAUAGCGUCCAAAACCAUCUGGCUAACACGGCUGCUGAUGUUGGCGACUUUUCCCAUAACAUACCCAAUUAGCAAGUUGCUGGAUAAUAUGUUACACCAAGAAAUCAGUAACUUCUACACUCGUGAAAAGUUACUGGCAAUGCUCCGCGUCACAGAUCCGUAUCAUGACUUGGUGAAAGAAGAACUCAACAUUAUACAGGGAGCCCUGGAACUUCGGACCAAAACGGUCGAAGACGUGCUGACGCCUCUCAAUGAUUGCUUCAUGUUGGCUUCUGACGCUAUCCUAGAUUUCUAUACAAUGUCUGACGUCAUGCAAAGUGGUUAUACUCGGAUCCCUGUUUUUGAGAACGAGAGGUCCAACAUUGUUGACAUUCUGUUUGUUAAAGACCUAGCGUUCGUAGAUCCAGACGACUGUACCCCUCUAAAAACCAUCACCCAGUUCUACAAACACCCACUGCAUUGUGUAUUUAAUGAUACCAAGCUUGAUGCAAUGCUUGAGCAGUUCAAGAAAGGGAAGAGUCACUUGGCUAUAGUACAGAGAGUCAACAAUGAGGGAGAAGGGGAUCCUUUCUAUGAAGUCAUGGGCAUUGUCACCUUGGAGGAUGUUAUUGAAGAGAUCAUCAAGUCAGAGAUUGUGGAUGAGACUGAUCUGUACACUGAUAACCGCACUAAGAGACGAGUGUCUCACCACGAGAGGAAGCAGCAAGAUUUUUCCAUCUUCAAACUGUCUGAAAGUGAGAUGAAGGUGAAGGUCUCUCCUCAGCUACUACUGGCAACACACCGCUUUUUGGCCACAGAAGUGGAGCCUUUUAAGCCUUCCCACCUCUCCGAGAAGAUCCUGCUGCGCCUCAUUAAGCACCCCAGUGUUAUGCAGGAGCUCAAGUUUGACGAGAAAAACAAGAAAUCACCAAAGCAUUAUCUCUACCAGCGCAAUAAGCCCGUCGAUUAUUUUGUCCUGAUUUUGCAGGGUCGAGUGGAGGUAGAAAUCGGUAAAGAGGGUCUGAGAUUUGAAAAUGGACCUUUCACUUACUAUGGCAUGCCUGCUAUUAUGACUGUCCUGCCUGCAGUUCACAGGUCUCCAUCACGAAGCAGUGGACUAAACCACUCUGACACCACCAUCCACGGGGGUAGUCUGGGCCAGUUGAGUGUGGGUGGAGGGGCAUACCUACCAGAUUACUCUGUACGCCAAGUCACUGAUCUGCAGAUCAUCAAGGUCACUCGUAACCACUACCAGAAUGCUCUGACAGCCACACGGAUGGACAGCUCCCCUCAAACGCCAGACGCAGACCCUCAGGCCCCUGGCGAGAGGACACCUCUCCCAGAGACCCGCUCCAACAGCAUCGCCUUGCCCCUGACCCGCUCCCACCAGCACACACACCACCCGAGACAGCCCCACAGUACCUCAACCCUCAACGAGAGAAAUCGCAUUGUCCGGAGUAAAUCAGAUGGGCAGAAGAGCCCCAGUGACUCUGUGUUCCUGCGCAUGGAUGAGAUCCCUUACAAACGUACCGAAUGUCUAGAGGAAAAAAGACAAACUGACUCUGUGGCUAUACCUGUGGAGAUGGGUCUGUCUACAUCUCAGCUGAUCGUUUCCCACUCUCUGAGUGGAUCAGAUGAGACGCUGGGAAAGAAGCUGCUCCGAAAACUGAGCAACAAAAAGCGGAAAAGGUCCCGUGAUGGGGAGAAACUAGUAGAGGAAAGUUGUGAACAGCCCCAGGUGAAGACCUAGCACUAAGAGUCUGGGCCUCUCUGCCUCUCUCAUGCUCCUGCACUUCCCACCAAUGUGAAAUCUCCUCCUACAGCCUCAUAAUGUCAACUGACUUUUUAAAGGGGAAAAAUGUGUGGAGAAGGACAAUGAAGAAGAUAAAAGUCUUAAGACCUUGCAUUCUGUAUUUCAACAGGCCUCCUGUUGUAUGGAACACUUAAGCUGAUAGAUAUGUGGUGCAUAAGGUCAUAAAAAUUCAGGACAUGGUCUGCAUUCAGGUACCUGUAAGAUUACCUGGCUUACCCAGACCAGCUUUGAGAUGCGGGCACAGUAAAGAUUCCAGAUACAAACAUCUCCUGGUGUUUAAGGUUGGGUGAUACUGCAUAAAUAUUUUUUCAGUGCUAUGUACUAUUUUAAGGCAUUUGUUGACGAUGUCAUCUCUAGUCACUUUGGUGAUGUCAGACAAGCCUCUGGUCCAGGCAGCGUGCAGAACUUGAAGCCUCUAUCUUACCCACAGCAAGGCCUAGCCUUCUGAGAGUAUCUGGAAAAUGUUACUCCUUCAUUAUUCCUUUGAACUAAUGACUAAUUUUAUUUAUUGAUUAAUUAUUAUAUCAAUACUAAUUUUAGAGCUGUUUGCUAGGCUGUGCCUAUGUAUCAAGAGAAUUUAACCAUGGAGCACUUUGAGAGAAAGAUUACUUUUUAAUUUGAUAUUUGAUUGAAAAGAGUUUACUGGAUGUUUAGGGGUAAGUGAAGGAAGCUGCCUAUAUUAGGUAAAUGCUGUUUGCUUUUUUUACAAGCUCUUAGCCACAUAGGUGAUGCUUAUAAUGCUGUAAAAAUGCACAUCAGUCUGUCUACUUUCUGUUUUCAGCCAGGUUAAUAAUAAUGAGCAUACUUUUCACACAAAUGGGUAUUCUGCCAUUGCCACAUUGACAUAGCGGCUAUUCUUUAUUUCUUAAAGAAGUGUAUUGACUCAUUUUAGACCACAUCUGGUUAUUUGUGAACAUUAUUAGUAUAUAUACAGGAUGGUUAAAGGUCUAAGCACAUCCUAGCAAUAUAUUAAGAAGAUACAUAUAUAAUGGCAUGUUUUUUUCUCAAAUAAGUAUUGCUACUAUUUAACAGAAUUUUCUUAUAUUUAUAAAAUAUAGUAUUAGGCUGUAAAAAGGAAGCCAUAUCUUGAACAAACUUGAAUGCAUCAAUACUAAAAUAUCACCUCAGACUUUGAAAGUGGUAUGCAAUGUCAUAUUCCCACACCCUUACAUGUUUCAUAGAUCCCUUUUAUACAUAAUAUGCCUUUAAUAGUACAUGAAGCUAUUACUUUCCAAAGCUGAGCUCAAAAUAAAUGCGAGCUUAGUGAAUGGCUUACUACCAUAAGACACUCUGUCCACCCUUAGCCAUUGCACUGGGAAUGCUGCCCAUUCAUGUGCAUGCUGCUGUUUCCAUGUGACUGCCUGCUCCCCACCAGUGUCCCUAUAAGGGGCAGAACUGUCCACAAGCUAUAUCAGGACAGUGACUAAUGUCAGCAGUGCCAUUCCUGUAUCACUGCCAGCCUUUCACCAGCAUGUAACCGUGGCAAACACCGAUCAGUCUGAGCUCAUCCCUGCCAACAGUGGAUGGGUGGCUGGCAUAAUGAUUACACACAGGGGACAAGAUAUUUUGCAUGAGUGCAGACCCCUGAUAUCUCUGCAGGCAUUGAGCACUUGACAGUUUACUAUACUGUAGAGAACAGCAGCAGAGUUUGGUCUGCAUGAGCUGUAAACACUCUGGACUGCACUGCACUGCUUCUGAGCUGCUGGGAAUCGACCUGGUUUUAUCUGUUUACAGCACAGACCCAAAUGACUCAGGCUGGCAACCACGAUGUGUCUGCAAUACCCCUUGAAUAGUUUUCAGUGGUAAUGUUUAGCAAUAACAAUGCCGUAAUGAAUAGCCCCUUUACCUACUGGCUGCUUGGCAUCUUGUUUGUCUGAAAUGGGCAGUACAGAGUGUGCCAGUGUGCAGUACUACUACCCACAGGUCAAAUGGACCCAUGUUAUGUUGUGCAAUACUGUGAGCUGGUCCUGCUUUUACUGGGAGCACAUGGCACAGGAGAGCUGGAGGAAGCAGAUGAGCGGAGGGAGGGAAAGUCAGCAGUCUUGCGUCACACUGCUGCAAUGCAGGCAGAGGAACAUGUGACGCACACUGACGUCUGGCCUCAGCCCUCUUUACACACACACACACACACACACAAUCCAGGGGUUUCAGGGUCUUACUCUAGCACUGAUUAACUAGCAUCAGCUGGGGGAGCACAAAAUCCACUAUAUGCCCCUCUGCUCGCUCUCUCACUCACUCACUAACUCAAUCACUCACUCACACGUACACUCUCCAACACCUCAUAAAGCCUUAAAAAGUAAGAAAGACAGCUGACACGGCAUGUGAAUCUUUCCCUGCUAUGAGUUCUCAGUGAAGAGGGUUAGCAGUUGUUUAAGAUAUAUACAAUGUUGGUAUGAGAAUUUAAUAUUUAUAAAGAAAUGUUUAGAGAGAAAUAUAAUAUGUAUAAGAAAUUGCUAUGAAUAUUUGAAAACAAAUUUAUGAGAACAUGAGAUGAACUUGAUGUGGUAUUUUACAAUGAAACAUGCAUUUUCAAUAAAUAGAAUUUGACUUGCAUUGUGGUCAUUGCGUUUGAAUUUCCCUGGGCUGUCAGUCACAAAAGGAACUUAAUGUGUAAAAGAAAUCACAUAAGCUUAAUAUUUCAGGACAUAAUGGCCCAGA